UUGAAGUAUUAUACUGUUUUAGCAAUAAUUGGAGCCGGAAUCGGUGGAUCUUCAUGUGCCUAUUUCUUAAGGACGCUGUUCGGAAAACAGUUAUUGAUCGAUAUUUUCGAGAAGGCAUUGCCGGGAGGAAGGACUGUGACGGCAAAAGUUGGAACAUGCAUGUACGAAGCCGGCGGAAGCGUCAUUCAUCAGCAGAACUUGUACAUGACGCAGUUUCGAUCACUUCUCAGUUUGGACGCGGUGAUUCAUCCGUCAUCGAACGUCAAAUUCGCUAUCGUGGAUGGCGCUGAAUUGCGCUACGUACAUUCCACGAAACCGAUAUUACGUUUCUUGAAACCUCUGUGGCGCUACGGCUUAGGCCUCUGGCGAGUGGACCGUCAUGUGCGACAGAUGGUUCAAGGACUGAGCCACAUUUACAGACUACAAGACAGAGGUUUGGCGUUCACGUCGGUUAGAAACCUCUUACAUGGCGCUGAUCCCGGCCUGAUCCUCGAGGCAACGGGUUCACUGCAAAGUCAUUUAUCUCUUUUGGGCUGCCGCAAGAGACUCGUCUACGAACUUGGUCAAGGAAUCACGCGUUUGAACUACGGCCAAGAUGUAGAGAUACACGGUUUAGUGGGACUUGUUGCGUUUGCGGGCAUGCAACCGGGACUGUGGAGCGUCAAGGGCGGAAACCACUUAGUCUCUUCCGGACUGAUCUCGAAGACGAGGGCGCACUUGCGAAAUUCAGAGGUGAUCAGUGUAACUCGAAGUUCAGGUGGUGGCUAUGCUGUAUAUUCGACAUCGUCCAGUGGUGCUGAGAAACAAGUCGACGUUUACGAUGCAGGAAACCUCGCCGUACCUGCCGACUUGUCGGAAAAGCAUCGCGACUUUCAAUACCUUUUAAACUGUAACAGCCAUGACUUUUAUAACAGCAUUGGAAAAGUGCUGCCAGUUUCGGGAAAAGAUCCUGAAAGCCAAACCGUAUACAAAGUGUUCAGCGGUCAGCCGCUGUCCGUUGACUGUCUGAAGAGUUUAUUUUCGCGCAUCGACGGUAUUGAGAGUCGUGAAUUCCUCGCAUAUCCUUGUUAUGCAGGCACGGCCGUUUUUCCAACGUUCAGAAUUGCGCCCGGACUUUAUCAUAUCAACGCGAUCGAAGCGGCUGCUAGUUGUAUGGAAAUGAUUGCGAUAGGGGCCAGGAAUGUUGCCCUCCUUGCAUAUAACGAGAUUUUGAACAAGAACGACAGUAUCGACGCGACUGUGUCAAAAAUUAGAACCAAGCAAGAGACUUACGGGUGCUGA